AUGGUGCCACUCAUUGCUGGGGAGAAGGUGGUUUGGGUCCCAGGUCCUGGUCCCGGUAGCCACCUGCUGCCCAUGGUAGCCAGGCAGUUGGUCCCGGCAGCCCAGACACCUUGGGUAGUAAGUCUUCUGAACGUGCCUCUUCUUUACUUGCAGGGGGAAAAAAUGAUAGCAGGAAGGUUUGUUGGAAGCACAGAUCCAGUCAAGGAGAUGCUAAGUGCUUCCAUUACCUUUGAUCAGAGACUGGCUGAAGUUGAUAUCCAGGGGAGCAUGGCUUAUGCCAAAGCCUUGGAGAAGGUCGGGAUCCUAUCUAAAAGUGAGCUGGAGAAGAUCCUGAGUGGCCUGGAAAAGAUCUCUGAGGAGUGGUCUAAAGGAGUUUUUGUGGUGACCCAAAGUGAUGAGGACAUCCACACUGCCAAUGAACGCAGACUAAAGGAACUGAUUGGAGACAUAGCUGGAAAGCUGCACACUGGGAGAAGCAGGAAUGAUCAGGUUGUGACUGACUUGAAGCUGUUCAUGAAGAAUUCCCUCUCUGUCAUCUCCACUCACCUCCUGCAGCUCAUUAAGACCCUGGUGGAACGUGCAGCUAUAGAAAUGGAUAUUAUCUUGCCUGGCUACACCCACCUGCAGAAAGCUCAGCCCAUCAGAUGGAGCCAGUUCUUGCUCAGCCAUGCUGUAGCUCUGACCCGUGACUCCGAGCGCCUGAUAGAAAUGAAGAAGAGGAUCAAUGUCUUACCUUUGGGAAGUGGUGCUCUGGCUGGCAACCCACUGGAAAUUGAUAGAGAGCUUCUGCGUAGUGAGCUGGACUUUGCUUCCAUCAGCCUGAACAGCAUGGAUGCUGUUAGUGAGAGAGACUUUGUGGUGGAAUUCCUCUCUGUUGCUACCCUGCUGAUGAUCCACCUUAGCAAGAUGGCUGAAGAUCUCAUCAUCUACAGUACCAGCGAGUUUGGCUUUCUAACCCUCUCUGAUACCUACUGCACGGGCAGCAGCCUGAUGCCUCAGAAGAAGAACCCUGACAGCCUGGAGCUGAUCCGCAGCAAAGCCGGUCGUGUGUUCGGACGGCUGGCUGCUAUGCUCAUGGUUCUCAAAGGACUUCCAAGCACCUACAACAAGGAUCUGCAGGAGGACAAGGAGGCUGUCUUCGAUGUAGUGGACACCCUGAAUGCUGUGCUCCAGGUUGCCUCUGGAGUGAUUUCUACCCUCCAGAUCCACAAGGAGAACAUGGAGAAGGCUCUGAGCCCUGAGAUCCUGUCAUCUGAUCUCGCUCUCUACUUGGUUCAUAAAGGAGUGAUGAUCAGUCAGGGUGAACAAACACGAAUGCUGGAAACCUAUUCUUUACAUGUAUCCCAAGUAGUGGAACUGCUGCCGGGUGGACUUGAUAGUAAUUUACAGAUGCCAUUCAGACAAGCCCACACUGCCUCUGGGAAGGCCGUCCACCUUGCUGAGUCUAAAGGUACCACCAUCAAUAAUCUCAGCCUGGAUGACCUGAAGAACAUCAGCCCUCUCUUUGGCAGUGAUGUCUCCCAGGUCUUCAAUGUGGUCAACAGUGUGGAGCAAUACACAGCCAUGGGUGGCACUGCCAAGAACAGUGUAUCUGCCCAGAUUGAUCAGCUGAGAGAGCUGCUGAAGAAGCAUAAGGAACAAGUUUAGAGUGUGGGAAGACAUCCCUUGGAUGAAGCAUUGUGCCUGUCACACUAAUCUGGAGUUAAUAAACACUGGGGUGUAUGUAGUUCACUGAAA